AUGAAAUACGCAUACGUGGCGGUGUUUUUGUGCGUCAGUACUGCCUUCACUUCCGGCCAAGAGGAGAAUAGAGAGAGGGAGAGUACCGCCAAGCAACAUCCGGAACUAUCAAAAUUGGUCAGAAACUGGGCCACCAAACUAGGAGGAGAACUAUGGCAUUUCGGAGAUUUGGUAACUAGACAGAACAGAGUGAAAGAAAGUUUCAAAGAGACCACCCUGAAAGUAGAAGACGGCGAUACAUUAUUACAAAAUAUUCACGAAAAUAUCUCGCACAUGAUGAAACAAAAAGUCGAAGCUGUCAAGAGAAUAAUGGAUCAGGCUGAACAAAUUGCUCAAGCUCAGAAAGAAACUGAUAUAGACUUCAAUUUCCCCUUCUACAAUGCCAAAAAUCUGACUAAUUCUUUAGACAAUACCACCGAAGAAACAACUAAGGAUCCAGAAGUUGAACCCAGAGAAUUGCAGGACGACUCUUUCAUAUCUUCCAACCGAUAUCCUGAGCAGCCCUAUCGACAAGAAAAUUUCGAGGCAUACCAACAAGACGAAUCUGAUUCGUCAGAAGACCCUUCGUCUAGUGAUGCAGACGACAUGCUCGAUCCAGAUUUAGAGGGCUCAGAAGAUGGAGAAAAGGAUCCUCAGGCAAUUUUGAAACCACCAAUAGAUAAGUCAAGUUUGCCACUGAUAAGGAACAAGCAUUUUUAUGACAUCCCUGUAAACAUGAACCACAGCGCAGUCCACGUACCAAGUAAUGUCUACGAAAGAUCAAAAGAAGUCAUAUCUGGAAUCAAAUGGUCUGAAGAACUGGAUAAGACUUUCCGCUCGAAUUAUCAAAACGAUCCUACUUUGUCCUGGCAAUAUUUUGGGAGCUCUACUGGAUUUAUGAGGCAAUACCCAGCUAUGAUCUGGUCCCAAGAACCCAUCGACCUGUUCGACUGCCGCACCAGAUCCUGGUACAUCGAGGCGGGUUCGUCUCCCAAAGAUGUCGUCAUCCUGGUGGACAAAUCGGGCUCGAUGACGGGCAUGCGCAGAGAGAUAGCCCGUCACGUGGUGCACAACAUUUUGGAUACGCUAGGCAACAACGAUUACGUCAAUAUUUACACGUUCAGCAAUACGACGGACCCGUUGGUGGAUUGUUUCGAUAAUCAGCUGGUUCAGGCUAACUUGGCGAACGUGAGAGUUUUUAAAGAAAGCAUGAGCGACUUCAAAACCGAGCAGAUAGCAAACUUUUCAUUGGCCCUUAUAACAGCAUUCGAUCUGCUGGAGCAGUACAGAGAGUCGAAAAAGGGCGCUGCGUGUAACCAAGCGAUAAUGCUGAUCACCGAUGGGGUCCAAUACAAUUAUAAGGAGAUUUUCGAGAAAUACAAUUGGCAAAAUUUGCCCUACAUGAACGUCAGAGUUUUCACAUAUCUGAUAGGCAGAGAAGUCUCAGAUGUGAGAGAAGUGAAAUGGAUGGCAUGUGCCAAUCAGGGCUACUACGUCCACCUGAGCACGUACGCCGAGGUACGCGAAGAAGUCCUCCACUACAUACCGGUGAUGGCGCGUCCCAUGGUUCUGCACUCGGACCGCAAACCGAAUCCGACGUGGAGUCCCGUGUACGCUGACGUCACCGAUCCGAAGCUGACCAAUUGGCUGUGGGUGAACAGAGAGAGGAACAGACAGAGGGAGAGGUUCAUGGGAUAUAGGAAGCUGAAGAACAUGCUGAGCGGGGAUAUGGUCGAUAGGACUUUCGUACAUCAACAGAAAGUGAAACAAGACAACUACGGAGAUACCCAAGUAUAUCAUCUGAUGACUUCAGUCUCUCUACCAGUAUACGAUAAAAGGCCAUAUCAGGAAAGAGUUGCUAAUUUGCUAGGAGUUGCUGGCACCGAUAUACCUAUCGAACAUAUCCAGAGACUCAUGUUGCCACACAGGUUAGGGGUGAAUGGUUACGCCUUCAUAGUAACCAAUAAUGGUUAUAUUUUAACGCAUCCUGAUUUGCGACCAGUGUAUCAAGGUAUUCUAAAACCUGCCUACAACAGGGUGGAUGUUGUUGAAGUAGAAAUUCUUGAUGACGACACAGAAUCUCGAAAUUUCAGUGACGAAAUCAGAGAAUUCAGAAGGCAAUUGGUCAUGCAAAUCAACGGGAGCGCUACUCUGAAAGUGAAAAGUCACCUUGAUGAUAUGAGACGCAUCAUGGUGCUGAACAGGAACUACUAUUACAGGGGCAUCAACGGUACCCCCUUCAGUAUAGUGAUUGCGCUCCCGAAGAAAUACGGGUUUACACGAGUCGAGCCGAAGGUUGAGAACGAUGUACACCGACUCACCUUGUCCAGCGACAAGAAACCUCUCGUGCGGUAUUUCACAGGGAAUUGGACCAUUCACCCCGAUUGGCAUUACUGCCGAUAUUUAGAUAAUCGAAGAAAUUUCGAUACCCCUGAAGAGGAAUUGAUAUAUUUCCUUCAGAAAAUGGAAAAAUCCGGAUGGAAAUGGUCUAAAGAAUGUGACAGAAAAUUAAUUUGCCAAAUAGUCUCCGAUGCCAAACUGACUGACUGGUUCAACGAAAAUAUCACUACCUCCACCAAAGAGGAGAACGGGACGGCCAGCUCGAUGUACGAGUUCAAAGAGAUCUUGGACUUUUUCGAUCUUUGCUCGUGCUGCAAAUGCUCAUGCAAUAAUUCUGUUACAUGCAGAGCGGAACUGAUCAAGAGGAUAGGAAUCGUGGUUGCUUUCGUAGCGACGCAUAGUGGUCUCACCAGGUGGCAAAACUUUCCACAAAACAUCGAGAGCGAAGAAUUCGAUCCGAAUUUUAGGAUGCUUCACAAUAAAGCAAUCGACGAGAUAUGGUACAGAAGGGCUGUAGAACAUUAUUUUGUGGAUCCAAACAAUUUUAUCUAUUCCGUGCCUCAUGACAUAGGCAAUACCAGUCACAGUCUAGUCACAGUGAGUCGAGCCAUAUUCAAAGAAGACGGACCUAGAAAAGCACCUGUUGCUGUGGUCGGCUAUCAGUUUUACCACAGCGCUUUACAAACUCUCUUCACGAAAAUAACUACGAAUUGUGGAGACAUCCCCUGCAAGAGAUCAUGUGACUCCGAAGAGCUCCACUGUUUGGUCCUCGACGAUAGCGGUUUGGUGGUGGUUAGCGACGAUCCCACAGAGACAGGGGUCUUCUUCGGUGACCUUCGCGCCGACGUGAUGCAUCAGUUGGUGGAAGAGGGGAUCUACAAGGUCACCAGAAUGUUCGACUAUCAAGCGUUGUGCGCCGAACCUAUAGAUACGAGUCCCGCUUCGAGAAUUCUAUCACCAUUCAUUCACUUGUCCAGCCUGUUCCAGUGGUUUUUCGGUGUUCUCGUCCUCAGUGCUAGAACAGUUUUUGGCAAUCACCACUUCGAACAAUACAACGGUCCAGAGCAUCCGCCAGAACACCACUUUGAGGUGGUGGACGAACACGAAUUCAACCGCAACGGCGCCCGAUUCGAGGAGGCCGAGAUGCCAUUGAGCGACAAGGAGUUCGUGCAAAAAUUCGCCAUCACCAAGACCAAACCGGAGCCCUGCGACAAACAGAUGGCGCUCUAUUCGCUAGUGCACUACUCCGAGAGGAACGUGUCCAACAGCGGUUACAACAAAUCCAUGGUGGAGUGUUCCAGGCCGUAUAUCGUGCAGAGGGUGACCGGCAGCAAUAUGAUUCUGCUGGUGAUAACGAAACUUUGCAGGGAAGAAGAGAACAAUCCCCAUGCAGAAUCGCCGGUACCGGUGGAAGUGGACUACAACAUGUCCUUGGCUUGCUACCGAGCCCUGCACAAUGACUUCCCUAGGAGGUACUAUAUGAGUUGCAUCAACAGGCAUGCCAACGAGAGCGAAGUUAAACUUUGUGGAGGCUGUAACAACAUAUCACCCGUACACAUCGUAUCUAUGGUACUACUAUCAGCGAUUUCCUACUAUUUAUUGUAAAUUUUAA